CGUGAGGCAGAGGCUGCCAUCUACCACUUGCAAUUGUUUGAGGAGCUCCGCCGUCUGGCGCCCUUUACCAGCGACCCCACAGAAGCCGCCGCCGUGGGCGCCGUGGAGGCGUCAUUCAAGUGCUGCAGUGGGGCCAUAAUCAUCCUCACCAAGUCUGGCAGGUCUGCUCACCAGGUAGCCAGGUACCGCCCCCGGGCCCCCAUCAUUGCUGUGACUCGGAACCCCCAGACUGCCCGUCAGGCCCACCUGUACCGUGGCAUCUUCCCUGUGCUGUGCAAGGACGCAGUGCAGUCAGCCUGGGCUGAAGAUGUGGACCUCCGGGUGAACCUGGCCAUGAAU